CCCAAGUCACUUGUUGUACUGCUGCUGCUGCUGCUGCUGCUGCUGCUGCACACCCACUAAGAUCCACUGGUAAAACUGCAACCAUGAGUAUCAGCUAUGACCAAGACGAUUACAAGGCUUUCUUUGAUCUCUUCGGUACCAACGAUACCGACACGACUGACCCGAACUACGUGGUCGGCAAGACUGUCAAGCUCUGCUCAAAGAUGGAUGUCAACAAGUUUGGUGCGAGAUUCAUCCCAGUUUUCUACUAUGUCAACUUCCUCCUGAGUUACCUUGGCAAUGGGCUUGUCCUCUUCAUCAUCUGCAAGUAUGAGAAGCUCCACACGGUGACAAACAUUUUCCUCCUGAAUUUGGUCCUCUCCAACUUCCUCUUCGCCAUCAGCCUUCCCUUCUGGGCGACGUACCAUCUGUCUGAGUGGAUUUUUGGCAUGGCUCUGUGCAAGAUGGUCAGCAGCGCCUACUUCAUCGGCUUCUACAGCUCCAUCCUCUUCCUCACGCUAAUGACAUUUGAUAGAUACCUUGCAGUGGUGCAUGCAGUGGCAGCUGCCAAGAACAGGAAGAAGGUGUACGCCAUCAUUGCGUCUGUGAUAGUUUGGGGCAUCAGUAUUGUAGCGAGUGUGAAAGAGCUGGUUCUCAGAAAUGUGUGGAAGGAUCAGUUCAAUGGGCUGCUGUGCGAGGAGUCCGGAUACUCCGCCAGCACCAUGGACCGCUGGGAACUAGUCACUUAUUACCAACAAUUCCUGCUCUUCUUCCUCCUCCCUCUCUUCAUGGUGAUGUACUGCUACAUCAGCAUCACUGUCCGCAUCAUGUCCACCCGCAUGAAGGAGAAGUGCCGCGCCAUCAAGCUUAUAUUUGUCAUCAUCUUCACCUUCUUCGCCUGCUGGACACCCUACAACAUCGUCAUCCUCCUUAAAGCCUUACAGAUCUCCAGCACCAGUAACGACGACUACACAUGUUCAGACACGGAGCGCUUGGACUACGCCCUGUAUGUGACCCGGAACAUAGCCUAUCUGUACUGCUGCAUCAGUCCUGUGUUUUAUACAUUUGUGGGGAAGAAGUUCCAGAGCCACUUCAGACGGCUGGUAGCCAAGAACAUCCCCUGUCUGAAGAGACACAUCAGCCUGAGCAGCCAGAGCACCAGGAGCACAUCACAGAGGACACCAUACUCUGACUACUAGACACACACACACACACACACACACACACACACACACACACUAUACAAUCACAUGCAAUGUAAAAACUUACCAAAUCACAGAGGGCUAUUACCACUAUUAGUACUAGAAGGAGACACACACAUUCUUGUACUUCAAUCUUUGUGAGCACACUCAUUGACAUAAUGCAUUCCCUGGUGCCCACAUAAACCUAAUUCUAACCCUAAAACAAAAAUGUCCUCAAUAUUUAGGUAAAUGCUUUGUUGGUCCUCACUAUGUAGCAUUUAAGCAUUUACAAGUCCACAACUUACACACACACACACACACACGCACUGUACAAUUAUAUGUACACCACAACAAUGUAAAAACUUACCACAUCACAGAGGAUACCACACUGAGUACUAGAGAGAGAUUCACACACAUUCUUGUACUAUCUGUCUUUGUGAGGACACAAAAAUGUUUUUGUAUGUCCUCACUUUGUAGUAUUCAGACACACACACACACACACACACACACACACACACACACACACACACAGCCCAGAUAGCAAAAUGAAACUUCUGGUCCAACAUACUGUACAAUCACAUGCACACCACAACACAGCAAUGUCAAAACUCACCACAUCACAGAGGACACCACACUCUGAAUACUAGACAGACAGACACACACACACACACACACACACACACACACACACGCAUAUAUACACACACACACACCCCAGAUAGCAAAAUGAAACUUCUGGUCCAACAUAUACCUGGGUGCUCGGCCCAAGUCUGGCCCAUACACUUCCACAUCUGGGCAGAGUCUUUCUUUGUGCGCAACAGAAUUGAUCCAGAUGUGGAAGUAGCAUCUUACAGCCAUGCUGUAUAUGGGCCAGAUUCGGGCCGGUGAAUUGGGUGUAUAUUGGGCCAAAAUGAAACAAGCAUGUGGCCCAAGUAUGGGCUUGAUUUAGUUUGCUAUAUGGUACACACACACACACACACACACACUGGACAAUCACAUGCAAUUUAAAUUCAUAUUCUCUGGCAUAAGUGUGGAUUACAGUUUGUUAGGAUUUAUAAAUACAUGCAUUAACAGCUUUUCAAGGAAAAACUGAAGCUGUGACAACAAACUGUUAUUUUCUGAUUAAGCUCUUUUCUAAAUAAGAAAGUUCAGUUUAUUUGUGAUCUUCGGCUGGGGAUCAGAACUUUACUUCCUGUCAGAUAAUCAGUUGUAAACAAUCAAUUCUUCUUUAAUCAUUAACUUCAUUAGAUAUAGGAAGUGUAUCAGUAUGAAGACUGCGUCACUUAAAUCUUCUAUUUCUCAGAUUGAACUUUUAUCAGCUUUUAUCAUGCUGUGUUUUUAGUAUUCAUAAGAAACCCUUAUUUGAAAAGGUUACAUGCUUAGGCUUGUGUGUGUUUUUAUACAUGUUUUUAUUUUAUUUUAUACAUACAUACAUCAUCAGCUCUGUAAGCUACUGUACACAGCUACAGAGUGAUUCUGCUGUUGUUCAUAUGUGGAUAUAGUGUGAGUCUGGUCAUUCCCUGAAAACUGGUCAUCCAUUGAAAAUUGAAAAUUUUACCAAUAUGGAAAUUUUUGCCGUCAAUCAAAACAAUACCACAAGAUGGAGUUUGGUGAUAUUGUGGGAUCAUGGGAGUUGUUGUCUUCACCGCCAUUGCAGUCAGCUAUUCAGUCAUUCAGGAGGUUUUUACCUGGAACUCGUGUCCUCCUCUCCAUAACAAACACAUGGUCCCAUUAGUUCCUACUGAAGACAUAAGUCUUUCAAAUCAUCCCACAAAGUUUUCACUGAGCAUUAUUUAACCCCCCCACUCCCCAGCAGGAACUUUUACUGAUACGAGAGUGGAGGCGGAAGGACACAGACAUUAAUCUGUCACUGUUAAAGGCCAUUUUUUCAUGAGGAGCUUUAGUCCAUAUUCCUGUGUGCAUUUCUUCUUCAGACCUGCUCCUGGUCCCAUCUUGUUGAUUCUGUGUACAUGUUUGCAGAGAUAUAUUUGUCCAAGUGCUUUAAAAUGAAAUGUAUCAUAUCCUUUCAAUAAACAUGACAAACCGUU